AUGGAUACUCUUCUCACAGCCGAAAUUGCGGCCAACGCGCCGCGGUACCGUCGCAAGAGCUCGACAUUCAUUGACGGAAUACACGAUGUCUCUACCGAGCCGAACCACAUGGCUCCGGCCCAGCUGUACAGCACCAUGUCUGGCCGGCUCUUUCAUUCGGGUCGCAUUGCCAUCGUCAUGGUUGGGCUGCCAGCACGAGGUAAAACACACAUCUGUGUCUCUCUGUCUCGUUAUUUGCAAUGGUUGGGCGUCAAAACGCGCAUCUUCCACCUUGGCGAUUACCGUCGUGCGACCAUUCCGGGUGGCACGGUGCCAACAGACUAUUUCUUCCCAAACGCCACCCCGGCAUCAAUCAUGUUGCGCCAAAAGAUCCUGAAGAGGUGCCGGGAAGAUAUCUACUCCUGGCUCAACCAUGCCAACGGCCAGGUAGCAAUCUACGACGCCGUGAAUCCCACGGCAGCUGGUCGACGAGCGCUGGCCAAAGAGUUUUCUAGACAUGACGUCCAGACACUGUUUUUGGAGUCCUAUGUCGAUGACCAGCGCAUCCUAACAGAGAAUGCCCGAAGUGUGAAAAUAUCUUCUCCCGAUUUUGCUGGAAUGGAGCCGGAUGAGGCAGCAGCACUCUAUCUCAAGCGUAUCGGUGCCAAGAUUCCUGUCUUCGAGACAAUGGACGAAAAAGAACUCAAUUUUGUCAAGAUGAUCAACGCUGGCCAGAAGUUCUUUUACAAUAACGUUUCCUUCAACUAUCUCUCUCAUCGCAUCGUCUUCUACCUCACCAACCUGCACAUCAAGUCGCGUACCACCUUCUUUGCGCGUUCCGGUGUCGCCGCCGAUAUCCCGGACGAAGACGAGGCGUAUCGUGCUGAUCCGCCUUUGGGUUCGGAUGGCAAAAACUACGCAGUGCUCAUGUCCGAGGCGUUGCUGGCCCGCCGUGAGCAGGAGCACAGGGCCGCGGUAGCGGCGCAUCCGAACGGCGACGUACCGCCCCUACGACCACUUACCGUCUGGACAUCGACGCGCCUGCGCACGAUUCAGACGGCCGAAUACCUUAAGGAACGUGGCUACAAGGUGCGGCAGCGUCCGCAGAUGAGCCAGAUCAACCCGGGCGUGUGCGAGAGGCUUCCUGAGCGGACGCUGAGAGCGCUCUACCCAGAAGAGGUGGAGCUCCACGAACUCGACCCGUAUCACCACCGCUUCCCACGGGCCGAGUCGUACCAUGAUUUGGCUGUGCGCCUGGAGCCUAUCAUCCUGGAAUUGGAGCGGGAGCAAAACGACCUGCUGAUCAUUGCACACGAAUCUGUGCUGCGCGUGCUGUAUGCGUAUUUGAUGCACUGCAGCGCCAUGGAUAUUCCCAAGCUCAAAUUUCCGCGCAACCAGAUCAUCGAGAUUAUCCCGGCGGCCUACCAGAACGAGGCGCAAAUCAUUCGGAUCCCCGGCGUUGAAAUUCCACAGUCGCGAGCCAGCAACAGCCCGGACAACAUAUUUUUCCACUCGCCCAUGAUAGUGCACAACAGCGGCCUUCUCAGCGGUGGUGCUUCGGUGGUAGGGAGCGGGGCCGUGAGCCCGAUGCCGCAACUGUCGAGCCCGGCAGAGCUGCUGGAACCGCUGUCACUGCCGCCGCCAGGGAAGACACAGUCAGUACCGCAGUCCCAAAUCCACUCGCAGAUCCAGUCUGCCGCGCAGUCAACUACACACUCCCCGGUGGAGUCUCCUAUGUUGCAGUAUGCACCGGAACGGGUGGUAAACACUUCCAAGGACGCUGUGGCUGACAAAGUUGCGGACGAGGAUUGA